UGUGCUGGGAGAUGUGUGCAGUUCCUCUGUACUCUCAUUAACGUUUCAGUGGAAAGUGGAGGUCAGAUUUAACCAGGAGACAAGAAGAAGCUGCUUUUCCAAUGUGGACAAGGUCAGAGUAGAGAGGGAACACCGUCAAGUCUCUACAAAUGGAGCAGCCGUCGUACGGUGAGGUGAAUCAGCUGGGCGGUGUGUUUGUGAACGGGCGGCCUCUUCCCAACGCCAUCCGCGUGCGCAUCGUGGAGCUCGCGCAGCUCGGUAUUCGCCCGUGCGACAUCAGCCGCCAGCUGCGCGUCUCUCACGGCUGCGUGAGCAAGAUCCUGGCGCGCUACCACGAGACGGGCUCCGUGCUGCCGGGCGCCAUCGGUGGCAGCAAGCCGCGCGUGACCACACCCAACGUGGUGAAAAGCAUACGGGAGUAUAAGCGCGCGGACCCGGGCAUGUUCGCGUGGGAGAUCCGGGACCGGCUGCUGGCCGACGGUGUGUGCGACAAAUACAACGUGCCGUCGGUGAGCUCUAUCAGUCGCAUUUUGAGGAAUAAGAUUGGGAACCUGUCGCAGCCCGGACAGCACGAGACCGGCGGCGGCGUUAAACCUCCCGCCCCGCCGAUUCCUUACAGUCCGGUGUGUGCUUACUCCUACCCCAACACCAUCUCACCUACCGGCGCCAAGCUCGGCGGCCCUCCCGGCGUCGGGGUCGGUCUGUCCCGGGCCUGGCCUUCAGUGCACACCGUCAGCAACAUCUUAGGGAUACGAGCUUUCAUGGACCCCUCAGCCAUCGCUGGACCGGAGGGAUAUCAGCAGAAAAUGGAGGAGUGGCCAUGUAUGAACAGAACUUCAUUUCCCUCCCAUGCGGUUAAUGGCAUUGACAGAUCCCCUAUAGACACGGAUAUUAAAUACAAUCAGUCUCCCUCGAGUCUUAGUGGAUAUAUGCCCCCCUGCCCCUAUUCUUCCCCCAGUCAGUGCGGGGUGUACGGGGGUAAUUAUGGGCAUCACUGGCAGCCUCAGGGAACAGGCCUGGCGCACAACGACUCACACCUUCACACUGCCAUGAACUUCAAACCUCCAUCAGAUGUGGCAGACAGAAAACCUCCAAGUCCUCUGAUUAAGCAGCAGCAGCAGCAUGAGGCACUGAGCAGCGUUCACAGCCUGGCCUUACCCACCUCAGCCUCAUAAACACGCACACAAAGACAGUGCAAAUACACGCAUCUGCUCUUGUCCUCUUUUAAAUAGUAAGUAAAACUGUGCCCUAAAUGUUCAGUGAAACUCUCAAUUGGAAAAACAAACACGAGCGCAGAUUAUUGUAUCACUUAUUAAAAGCCAAUGCGCGCAAUCCUCUUCUCCUGCAGUGACAGAAGAGCUCCAUGACACUGGUCACCUCACUCAUUUAUAUUGGUAUUACAGGGGAAAAAAGCAAGCAUGUACAUUAUUUAACUGAUAUUCUUUCAGCCAAGUUAGAAAUAUUCACAAUAUUGAUUUUUUUGGGAAAAUACCAAAAUGCGUAAUUGGAGCUAGGCAUGUACUUCAGUGUAUAUUAAUGUUUAAGAUACUUGAAAACGCAACAAAACAUUAGGUAACUUUAUAUAUAUAUAACUAUAUAUAUAUAUUGCCCUGUAAUAGAAGUCUGACAUUUUGUCUUUUGUCUAUUGGACCAGAAGUAGAAUUGUUAGAGUGUGGACAUGUCUGUCAAACCCUCUGUAGAUGCAGCAUUAUUUACACAGUUGUCAAAUUGGGCUCCAACCACCCUGUAUUGUUAUUUCUAAAAAAAAACAUUGGGAUUUCAGAAAUGAACAAUGAGCCUGCAGCUAUAAUUUAAGUUGCUUUUGUUGCUUAUUCUUGAUGUCUUCAUUUUUCACUAGCAAACGUGACAUUUUAAAUUUGCAGUCUGUGCUGAAUGAUAUUGAAUUGGUGAGGAUUUCAAACAUUUGGCUCAAUUUAACACGGUACCCCUGAUUUCUGUCUCCAUCAGAGGGAAAUUUCAGGAUAUCAUCAAAAAGUGGGUGAUUAUACUAGUCUGUACUCGUCUAACUUUACUGGUAUAGGAGGUUUGAAAUGGUUUAAAUCGGUUAUUAAUUUAAUUUUCAUAGCUGGAACUGUGGACCACAGGUGAUUUCUGCAAUAUUUGCAGUCAGUUUUGUUUCUUUGGACAUUGUAAUGACAUUUAAUUUUAUAAUAACAUAAAAUGAAAAUGAAUGAUAAAUAUUAAAAAUACAAUGAAAUUGCUGUUAAUGAAUAUGGUAAAUGUAUGACAGCCUAUGUGUUGUGAAUAUGAAUCUUUUUUUUUUUUAAUUAAGUAUAGAAUAAAACAUAAUUAUACAUACCUAAUGUUAAUAAUUGUAGGCUGAAUAGAGAAAUGUAGUGAUCAAGGUGAAACGUUUUUAUUGUGAUGGCUACAAGGAAAUCCUAGUUAUAUAUUAUUUAUAGUCAAAAUUCAUCUGUGUCUAAUAAAUGCAUGUUCAAAAGAAAUGGACUUUUGUGUGCGGU